GUUUCAGAAAAAGCAAAUGAAAGUUUCAAAAAAUGUUUUUGGAAGCCACGCGCCGUGGAGCAAUGGUUAGCUCAUUCGGCCUUCAGUUAACCGAACAAAGAGUCCUCUGUCGUAGGGCAGGGUUUUCCUCUCUUGCGACUUUACCGAGAAGACGUUUUCGGCGCAAAGAGGAGUGGUCGUCGUAUUUCCAUGCGCUUGGGGUCGAGUGGCCGCGAACACAGCCCCUGCCGCUUGAAGAGCGCACUCGCAGGAGCGCGCAGAACAAUAGUGCAAAUGAUGCAGCGGAAUUUGUCGAGUCGACUGUCCAGAAACUGACUAGUGGGUAUGAGUUCUUUAGAUUACCGCGGUGCAGUAGAGCGACAUUCCUGGUGCGGCGUCGGGAUUGUGCGAUUCCUGAGACCACUGGAGAGGCUUCCGCGGACGGCUUGUGGCAGGCUAUACAGGUGAAGAGCGCGCUAAAACGCAACAAACGAGAGUCAAACAGUUACCACUUUGCUGGCACUGGUAGCGGGCCGGAUUGCGAUACUGGUAUUGCGCUUGUCUGCGUGCCACAACAGAAGCUAGAGUUCCUCGUCGGGAAUGGCUUGAGCGUCCAAUACGCAGGUGGACGGCAGUACUGGAUGACGCGUUGCGACAUUGAGAGUGUGAGUGCUUGCAACGAUGUUGGCUGCAGCCGCGUCCGUGAGAACUUUGAACAUCUACUGUUUCAGCUCCCGAAAAAAUCACUUUCUGACUGGAUUAGAAGACUGGCAAAUAGGGCCCAGGAUCGUGUUCACCAGCUCCUUAUACUCCGGCUUUCGCAGGAAAUUGAGAAGCGUCUCUGUGUAGAGCUGCUGUGCCUCGGUUCCUACACCAAUGCCAGCAACGCGACCGUUUUUGGCAAACGGGUUCUGCUUCGAUGCGGUCGCCUCAGCAGCAAAACGGGAAAAGGGAAGGUUCGUCUGGAAAGGCGCCGGAGUGUCGAUGGCAAACGGUUUGACUUUCCCUUUGACGCGAGUGAGGACGAUGUUGACCUAUUCAUUAUCCUAUUGCAUAGAGGCAAGCUUUCAGACCAGCUGGCGGGUAUUUUUGUUUUUCCGAAACGUUUCCUCAUGGAAGAGAAUAUUAUUUCCGCAAACUAUGUCGGCGGUCGGCGUGAGCUUGUGCUUUACCCACCAGGUUGCAAAGCAGUGUCGCAUCAUAGGCAAGAAUUUGCCCGAAAACAGUGUCAAUACUUUCUUUCGUUCGAAGACACCUCUUGGACUUUUGGCGCAGGCGACCACAUAACAGAGAAACUCAGGUCGUUACUCAUGUGUCAAUAA